CAAUGGCAACUCUGGUUUCACCUUGACGAGACAAUGGGACACUUUGAUAAACAUUAGAAAAUUGUUAUUACGGUAAUUGAUCAAGUAAUUGGUAAUUUGAAAAGUAUUGAUUUUCACGUAAUUGUUUAAAUAAUGGAACCUAAUCCUGUAAUAAUUGCUGCCACCGCCAAACAAACGGCUUCUCUUAUAUUUCUUCAUGGAUUGGGCGAUACCGGCCACGGUUGGGCGAGCACAAUCGCUGCUAUUCGUGGUCCUCAUGUUAAAGUGAUCUGUCCAACUGCAUCAGCAAUGCCAGUAACUCUCAAUGCUGGUUUUCGUAUGCCGUCUUGGUUUGAUCUAAAAACUCUAGAUGCAACUGCUCCUGAAGAUGAAGAGGGCAUUGUUAGAGCCACUGAUCUUGUUCAUAGAUUGAUUGCUGAUGAAGUUAAAGCUGGUAUCCCCUCUAGCAGGAUUUUGCUGGGUGGGUUUUCUCAAGGUGGAGCCUUAGCACUUCAUGCUGGUUUGACAUAUCCUGAACCAUUGGCUGGAGUUAUGUCUCUCUCCUGUUGGCUGCCAAGACAUGCUCACUUUCCAGAUAAUGUGAAGGCACCAUUGGAGUUGCCGAUAUUCCAAGCUCAUGGAGACUGCGAUCCGGUAGUCCCCUUUAAAUGGGGACAAAUGACUGCUUCAUUCCUCAAAACUUUUAUGAAAAACGUGGAAUUUUCAACAUACCAGGGAUUGUCACACAGUUCUUCGGAAGCAGAACUUAAAGAUAUGAGAGGAUUUAUAGACAGAAUGCUGCCUGCUAAAAAAUAGGGCAAUUACUGGUCAAAAGCCAGCAAAAUAAAUCUUAAAAAGUACAGAUCAUCUUAUAUUUUUGAUUAGAAGUUGUCACUAAAAAUAAUAUAGUUAGUUUAUUUAGUAAUAGCUCUAAUUCCAGAAAUACUUGAAUUUGACAUUAUUAUUGCUGUCCAUUUGAUAUAAUCUUAGACCCUCAUUCCAACAAGUUCCUAAGGGUUCCAUUAUUAUUCUUAACUAGUUGAUGCACACCUUGUAAUUUUCAAUAUCUUUAACAAUCUUAUAACACUAAUAACGCUUUUAUUAUUUAAUUUAUGCUAAAUGCAUAAGAAUAAUGUUUAUAUUAAAAGGUUUUCUUAUUUAUAAAUUUGUUUUAAGAUGAUAUUUAACAUAACAUACAUGAAUACAGUCUUGAAUAGGAAUUUGGCUUGUAGUUGUUGGUUUAUUAGUAAUGUGAAGUGUUUAUUAUUAUAUCUUAUAUUUUCGAGUAGUAUAGCAAAUAAUAUGUAAAAUACUUAUCGUAAAGUAUAGGCCUAAAUAGGAAAUGUCUCACAAAAUAAUUAUUGAGUUUUAUGUAUUGUAUUGGUUUAUGUAGACAAAAGAAAGUGGCAUUAUCUGCUUGUAAAACUAGUUAAAACCAAGUUAGAUUUGAGACUGUUCAGUGUAAAAAGUCAAGUAAUAAGGAAACUGCUAAGGAACAUGAAAUUAUGGAACCUUUGGUUUCUAGUCCCUUAUUUUACCAUCGGAAUUAGUGAAACUUUCAAGUUUGUACUAUUAUUUAGUCGUUGUUUUUUUAUUGUUUAUCAUCAGUUUAUUUAGUGUAUAACAACAAUGAGAUAUUACUUAAAAUAAAUGCUACCGAUUUAAAUCCAAAUGAAAA